UAUAGAGAGACAGCGCAGACAGAGAGAGAUAGAGAGAGAGAGGCGAGAGAGUGAAAGAGAAAUAAAGUUCAGGCACCAGUGCAAAAUGACGUGGAGCUACACAAGACCCAGCUGCUUUUUACACAUUUUAUACUGAAAGCACGCGCAUCCUGGGAGAGUUCAUGUGCAUCACAAUCUUCUUUACAUCAUAAACUUUCAGGGAUUUUUGUUUUGCGGGUUGUUUUCUGCGUUUGUGCGUGUGGUACGGUCAAGAUUUAAAAUUACCCUGGUGCGUUUAUUUGGUGAAGAUUAAAAUACAGAUUGCGCACUUUUUUGUUUGUUUCUGAAGCAUCCGCUCGGGUUCAAUUCCGCCUAAAUUGCAAGCGCCAUUAUUAAUAUUUUUAAGAAUUGAUGGAGAAGAACCUCCCUGUUAUGCAGACUCCUUGAAUCAUCUUUUGUUUCUUUUUCUUUUUUUCUUUUUAAUGCCAUGGAAGGAUCCAGCGCGUCUAGUUUUGGAAUAGACACGAUUUUAUCUUCCGCCGGUUCCUGCAGCUCGGCACUCGCGAUGAUGGACGGAGACUUCCGGGCGGCGGAUUUCCGGAGCCGCGCGACGCCUUCGCCCUGCUCGGAUGUAGACGCGGGCGCGAGGAGCCCCUCGUCACCAAUCUCCGUCACUGCAGAGCCUCCUGAAACUCAUCCGGCGCAAGACCCCCUUCAUCAUCAUCUCCAUCAUCACCAUUAUCAUCCGGUUGCCCAAAAUUCGGCCGCGUGCGCCCCGCGGACCGCCACCUCGUCUUUUUUGAUCAAGGACAUUCUGGGCGACGGGAAGCCGCUGGCCGCGUGUGCGCCCUACAGCGCGAGCCUUGCACCCUCCCCGCAACACCAGCGUCAGCAUCAUCACACUCCGAAAGCAGAGAGCGCGGACUGUCUCACCCCAAAAGCGGAGCACGACGAGCACGGCGGCAAAACAGAAAAAAGAGAGGACAUUCACAACGACAACAAAUGCAACGGAACAAAAGAAGAGGGUGAUCGGGAAAUCUCGAGCUCCAGAGACAGCCCUCCUGUACGCGCAAAAAAGCCGCGCAAAGCGCGAACAGCCUUUUCGGACCAUCAGCUGAACCAACUGGAGCGCAGCUUCGAGCGCCAAAAGUACCUGAGCGUGCAGGACCGCAUGGACCUGGCAGCAGCACUCAACCUCACCGACACCCAGGUCAAGACCUGGUACCAAAACCGACGGACGAAGUGGAAGCGGCAGACGGCGGUGGGGUUGGAGCUACUGGCAGAAGCUGGCAGUUACUCGGCGCUGCAGCGGAUGUUUCCGUCACCUUAUUUCUACCCGCCGGGCCUCCUCGGCUCUGUGGACGGAACAGCGGCGGCGGCGGCGGCGGCAGCAGCGAUGUACAGCAGUGUGUACCGGAACAGCGCACCGGCGCCCCAUCCCGCAGCCACCCUGCACAGACCGCUCGUGCCGCGCGUGCUAAUCCAUGGCCUGGGCGCGAGCGGGCAACCGGCGCUCAACCCGCUGGGGAACCCUGUUCCAGGCACGCCGCAUCCCCGGUAAAAAAAAAAGUACACAGAAAAAAGACAAUGAAAAAAAAAAAUCAAUGAAAAAAGACAUUGGAGAGCGAGAACCGAAUCAGACGAAAACCUCAGAUUUUUUUCUUUUAAAAGGACACACAGCGCUUUUCCCCCAAGAAAGAAUACUAAAACAAUUUAAUCAAAGAACAGCAAGAUAAUGAAGAAGUGUUAUUAUUUAAUAUGGACCAUGCAUUUCUGAGUUAUGGCCGUUAACACGAAAUGACUGUUCAUUCGACGGAUUGUUGUUUUUGUUUUGUUUUGCUUUGUUUUUUUCCUUUUUUUGUACAAAUAUACUUAUACUACUAAAUAAAUGUAAAUUUUAUUA